AUGCGCAUCACUAUGCUUAAGUUUCUCAGCCUACCAGACAUUUACGAAGUUAUUAAAGAGUAUAAUGAUGGUCAUUGGCUUUAUGAAUUAAAAGGAUUUAUGAAACUGAGGCAAACUAUCUACAGAGAGCUUAUAGAAAUGUCCCCCAAAUAUUAUUGGAAAAUUGAAGAAUUUUCUAUAAACGACAUGGAUUAUUUUUUUACUAUUGCAUCCGAACAUGAGCGUAGCUACUACUACACAAAUUACAUACUGCAAGAGUUAAUUACAAUAGGUGAUAAUAAUCUCACGGAAUUGCACAGUAGCAAGCCCUUUACUCUGACAGAAAUGCAUUAUGCAAAAUGUGUACUUCGUUAUCUUAAACAUUGUUAUUUGGCUGUAAAAUGGUCAAAAAAUAACACAGAAAAGUAUGCACAGAUUAAUUCUGUAAUACCACCAGAAAAAGUUGUUAAUUUCUUUUUGCAAUGGCUUGACACUGUGAAUUUCCAUCAUCUUGAGGAUGAUUUAGUAAAGCUUCAGGAAAUUGCUGAAGAAGUAAAUCAAUACUUAUCUGAUCAGCUAAAAACGAGUGGUUCAUAUACUGCAGAACAAAUUUUCUCUGGAGUGUCUCAUAUCUUUUUUCGUGUUAGAGGGAUAACUAUGACUCCAAUAGCAAGUUUGGAUACCCUUGAUAUAAAAAAGGUUUGGGACAACAGGCUCGGAAAUCAAAUCGUCGUAUUUGUUAUGUAUCAAGCCGUCGCUAGCAGGUUGGGCGUGCAAGCUGACUUGGUCGUAUUCCCUAACCACCUGUUCAUCGAGUGGUUAUGCCUCGAAGAAAAUAUAGAGUAUACAGUUCACAUCGAAAUUGGGGAGAUAGAGGCGCACCGCGUCUGCCCCUAUACCCACAGAAGAGUAGACUCCCAUUACAAAUACUGCCCUGAUUAUUUGCUACAGUGUCUUCAUUUGACAUUCAUGAGUAGCAGCGGUGCCGAAAGAGACUGGCACGUUUCAAAUGCAACAGAUCUGUUGGGAUUCCUAGGGAAGAAUUAUCCCAGUCCAUAUCUUUACUUGUUUCAAAAUUCAAAUCUGAUAGUCGAUUCAGAAAUAAACAUGAAAAAUCUUAAAAGGGAAGAACUACCAAUUAUUUUCUCAUUGUUCCAUUUACAUGCGAUGGGUCUUAAUGCGGUUGCGAAGAAACCCCUGAAGGUAUUGGAACAAAAGAGGCACCACAGCAGUGUGCUGUACGCGGUGGGUAUGAUUUGCUGCCACAAGUACCACGAGUACCAGUGCAUCGUGCGCGGCUGGGACCGCGUCUGCAGCGUCCACUGGCCCUAUUGCAUCUCCAACCAGAACCUGAUCUACGGCUUUGACCAGCCCUACUACCGCGUGAUUGCGACGGACCAGUCCGAACGAUACAUUCCACAGGAACAUCUACUUCCCGUACCCAACCCAACACGGAUGAAACAUUUGGAGGAUUUAGUGGCUCAAGGGUUUACCCACUUUGAUGGAUUCUGUUAUGUCUUAAAUGACGAAAAACGACUGGAAUAUCCUGACGAAAACUUAAUCGUACAAGUAUAUAAGCAACGUUACCAAAAAAUGGAU